AUGGCGCCCCAUCCCCAUCACAAGGGCGGGGAGCACUCUCCCAAGCAACACCGCGUGGGAGAGCACUGGAGCGGUGCCAACCCUGUCCCCACCAUCAGCAAAUUCAUGGAGCGUCUGGAGACAGACAAACAAGAACGAGAAGCCCACGCUGCUGAGGUGUCCGCCCGACAUGAGCAAAGACAGAUGGAUCGCACGGCAGCAGAAGCCGGUCCGCAUCAACCGCGCAAGAGGCCCAAGGGCAAGACUCGCAUGGUAACCGAUCCGACGACGGGGCGAGAUAUUGAGGUGGAGGAUUUAGAUGAGGAAUCGAUGGAGGUGGUCAAAAAUCCCAAGCUGGUGGUCCCCAAUGCCAACCUCGGAAAGCCCACGCACGUCAAAACAGAUCCAAAGGACAGCCUUUCGCAAUACAAGGAGAAUCAGGACAUCACGGCACCCCCGGAUCCCAUCGCAGAGGGCACCACGUCUGACGUGCCCAUCCAUGGCGAGAAAACCAACAUCCUCUUCCAUCCCACACCGACCGUCAGCUAUAGGCCGAUGUUUGAUAAGCUUGAGAAACGUGGUAUAACACUAUGCGUGGGCAUCAUCUUGAGCGUCGUCGUCCUGGGUCGCUAUUUUGGUGGCUCCUUGUGGGGGCUGCUAGCUCUGGCGUGCUGCGUGGCCACCGGAGUAUGGCUGUGGGUAAAAGAGGUCAUUCGCAGCGGCCGGGAGAUGGAAUGGAGCACCGAGUUGAUUCGAGGGCAGAUGGCCACGGCAAAUCUACUCCCCGAGUCGGUAGAAUGGAUCAACACGUUCAUGGGCGUCAUCUGGAGCUUGGUCAACCCCGAGAUGCUGUCCCCCAUCGCCGAUACCAUCGAAGAUAUCAUGCAAGCGUCCGCACCCAGUGUGGUCGAGAACGUGCGCAUCGCGGAGAUCGACCAGGGGAAUAAUCCCCUGCGCAUCCUCAGCCUGCGUGCCCUACCGGACGAGCACGUCGACAACAUCAUACAAAACAUGCGCGAGGAAAACAAGCACAAGGACCCCGACGAGGCUGCUGCCCUGGAAGAAGGGGGCAGCUACUACAACCUCGAAGCCUCGUUCGCAUAUCACGCCAAGCCCAGCGGCCAGUCUGCGUCGUCCAAGGCACGCAACAUGCACAUGGAGAUCGUGUUCUACCUCGGCGUCCGGGGCCUCUUCGGGGUUCCCUUCCCCGUGUUCGUGGAGUUGAUCGAGAUGGUCGGCACGGUGCGCAUCCGGUUCCAGCUGAUGCCCGAGCCGCCGUUCAUGAAGGACAUGACCUUCAGUCUCGUGGGCCUUCCCCACGUCAAAGCCGGGUGUAUGCCGAUGGUCAAGGGCGGCGUCAACAUCCUGAACUUGCCUCUGAUUUCGAAUUUCGUCAACUACGCCAUUGGCACCGCGUGCGGGCUGUUCGCGGCCCCCAAGUCCAUGACCAUGGAUCUCAGCUCCAUCCUCAAGGGUGACGACAUCAUCAAGGAGACCGAGGCCCUGGGCAUCAUGUGGGUGCGCAUCCACCGCGCCAUCGGACUGAGCAAGCAGGAUCGUCGCGGCAGCUACGGCGGCGGCAGCGACCCCUACAUCAACCUGUCGUUCUCCAAGUACGGCAAGCCCAUGUACUGCACGCGGGUGAUCUGCGACGACCUGAACCCAGUCUGGGAGGAGACGGCGGCGCUGCUGGUCACGCCGGAGCUGAUCAAGGCGGACGAGAACCUGAGCGUCGAGCUGUGGGACUCGGACCGCAACACGGCGGACGACGUCGUCGGCAAGGUCGAACUGCCCAUCCGCGAGAUGAUCCAACACCCCUGCCGCAUGUACCCGCAGGUCUCGAAGCUGCAGGGCCUGAACGAGGGCAGCGAGAUGCCCGGGGAGCUGCACUGGGAGGUGGGAUUCUUUGGCAAGCCGAAGCUGCGGCCAGAGCUCCGGACGGACGGCAAGAAGAAGGACCUGCCCGCGAACCUGCAGGGUAACCCGCAGUUCCAGGACCCCAAGGGCGUCAUCAGCACCGACCAGGAAGACGCCGUCGUGCACACGCCUCCCGAUCCGCUCUGGCCCAGCGGCAUCCUCAGCGUCGUGGUGCAUCAGAUUGUCAAUCUCGAGCUGUCCAACAUAAAGGGCAGCGAUGGCAACCGGAAGGGCAAGGAUUAUGAGCCCGCCAAACCAUACGGAGAGGCUACGGAGGAGCAGGGCAGCGAGUUACCAACCAGCUACUGCAAGAUUAUCCUCAAUGACCAGCUUAUCUACCGCACUCGCGCCAAAGCCGUCAGCUCCAAGCCCAUCUUCAACGCCGGAACCGAGCGCUUCGUCCGCGACUGGCGCUCAGCCAUCGUGACCGUGACUGUGCGAGACCAGCGCUACCGAGAGCACGACCCGAUCCUAGGCGUCGUGCCCCUCCGCCUAACCGACCUCCUACGCACGAGCUCGCAGCUCACCCGGUGGUACCCACUAGACGGAGGGGUCGGACACGGACGAAUCCGCAUCUCUCUACUCUUCCGCCACGUGGAGACACGCCUUCCCCCACAGAUGCUCGGCUGGGACGUAGGAACAUUCGGAAUCGCAGGGGAGAAGGUCAUCGCGCAGGGAUUUGGGCACAAGGCCAAGAUACACCUACGCACAACGGGCAGCAGCAGCAAGAUCACCAAGCACGUAUGCACCGUCGACGCGAACAACAACGCCGUCUUCGACCUCUCCAACGAGACCUUCCGCAACCAGCUCCGUCUCCCUGUCCGCCACCGCUACCGCGCAGCAGUCGUCUUCGAACUACACCACCCAGGCAAGCGCGGCGUCGCCGGCUACGCCGUCCUCUGGCUGCAGCACCUAGUCGACAACGAGGGCACAGCGGUCGACAUCCCCAUCUGGGCUACCCACAACGGCAAGCGGCUCACGCAGAACUACAUCACGGAAGACAACUGGGAGCAGAAGCGCUCGCCGGGCCUGGAAGACCUGCAGCAGAUCGGCCGCCUGCAGUUCCACGCGCAUUUCACGCCGGGUAUCGACGAGUCGCACGAGCAGUUCAUCGUUGAUAACCACUCGCGCGAGACCUUCGAGACUUGGGAAGCGCUCGUCGCCGAGGGCGUCCGUCCGCACCGUAUCACCUCUUUCGUCCCGCGGGACAUCGAAGAGCUGCAUGAGCGAUCCCUCGUCGAGGGCCGCGAUAUCCUCCGCCAUGCGAGUCCUGAUGAGCGCCGUCGGUGGAUAGACAAGCAGGGCCAGGACUGGAGUGGCUGCUUUGGCCAUGACCCGGCUAUGUUCUUCGACCCUGAUCACACUGACGAUACCCUCGUCGCUAAGGGUCGUGACAGCGGCCACGGCCACGGCCACGGCCACAGUCGCCAGCCAACGAGUAGCUCCUACAACAGCAGCGCCGCACGCACCGCCCCAACCAGCUCCCCCCAAUACCAAACCCAACCCCAAACCCAAACCCAAUACCAAAACCAACAACGCACCUCCCUCGACAACAAUGACUACGAAGAAAACAGACGCCCCUCAACAGCAGACAGCAUAGCCGACUCAAGCAUAGCCGACUCCAGCAUAGCCGACUCCACCACGAGCACCACGCCGUCAAAAAAGGCAGUGCGCCGCAGCGAGCAGCGUCAGCAGCGCGGCCUGAUGCAGUGGAAGCCGGUGCGGAACGCGGCGUUUGCGCGCGACGAGGCGAAGUUCGCGCUGCGGAAGGUCAGACGGAGGUUUUCGGGGGAUUUGGUGGGGAGGGAGCCGGAUGUGGAGACUGAGACGGGGUCGUAA